GGAAUGAAGUGAAUUUGCAUCUACCAAACCACCAACCAAAUCUACCCUGUCUCCGGCUAUGGCCAAUUAGUCGCCGGAGGAGCUCAAAUCGGAUGAAGAGGAUGGGGAUGUCGUGGGAAGACGUGGUGUUGAUUGAGGGAGGUAAGACUUCCACCGACCCUACGGUGGUUACGGUGAACUGUCCCGACAAGGCCGGCCUUGGAUGUGACCUGUUACGGAUUGUACUCGAAUUCGGACUCUAUGUCACCCGUGGAGAUUUCUCGACCGAUGGAAAAUGGUGUUACAUAGUGUUAUGGGUAGUCCCACGUCCAAGCUCGCUGAGGGUUGAUUGGGAGAGCUUAAACAAGCGGCUUUUAUCUUGUUGCCCUUCAUGUUUGCCUACAUUUUAUCUCAAUCAACUCUCCGAUUGUUCUAAACCACCUCAGCUGUACCUGUUGAAGGUUUUCUCCCUGGAUCGCAAAGGAUUAAUACAUGAUGUAACGAAAGUUCUUUGCGAGCUUGAGCUAGCAAUUCAAAGAGUUAAAGUGAUGACAACCCCAGAUGGAAAGGUCUUGGACCUUUUCUUUAUUACAGAUGGCAUGGACCUGCUUCACACAAACAUUAGACGUGAGAAAACAUGUGAACACCUGAGGGUCGUUUUAGGAGAGUGUUGUAUCAGCUGUGAACUUCAGCUAGCAGGUCCUGAGUACGACAUUCAGCAAGGGCUUUCGUGUAUUUCAGAAGCAGUUGCUGAAGAGUUGUUCAGCUGUGAGCUUUCUGCCAAGGAAGAUCGUGCACAAACUCUCAGUGCCGAUGUGUCAAAAGUUAAGAAGGCCAGUAUAACAGUUGAUAAUUUACUGAGUCCUACACAUACCUUGCUUCAAAUACAAUGUCUUGAUCAAAAGGGCCUCGUCUACGACAUAUUAAAGAUUUCCAAGGACUGCGAUAUCCGGAUUGUGCAUGGAAGAAUCUCAUCUAGCGUAAAAGGAUACCGGAGUUUGGACCUAUUUAUUCAAAAAAAAGAUGGGAAGAAGAUUGUAGAUAAUGAUAACCAGGUUGCUUUAUGUUCCCGACUAAAGGAGGAGAUGCUACAUCCAUUGAGAGUCAUCAUUACCAACCGUGGCCCUGAUACAGAACUUCUGGUUGCUAAUCCUGUCGAGCUAUCUGGGAAGGGAAGGCCUCGUGUUUUCUAUGAUGUGACACUAGCAUUAAAGACACUUGGGAUAUGCGUCUUUUCGGCAGAGAUAGGAAGACAUUCGACACCACUUCGGCAGUGGGAAGUAUACAGGUUCCUUCUGGAUGAAAGUAGGGGAUUUCCAUUAACCAGCAAUCGAGCCAAACGGGAUAUUGUUGACAAAGUGAGAAGAACACUUAUGGGCUGGUGAAUGAAGAUUCUAUACAUCAAUCACCUAAAGGAAUCAUCAAGAACGAACCUCUUUUUCUACUCCUUGACGGUCCCGUAUGAUGCAAUUUUUGAAGAGCUCUUUGACUGUGGCCAGUGUAAGACAAAAGAGCGAGCACAAUGCUACCAAAUUGAUCUGCACGCGGAGGGGGUGUUCUUGAAUCUGGCGCUGCUACUGCAAUUCCGAUGAGAAAACACGUAUAUUUGCUUUCUUUUUUGGUUAUGGUUGAUGGUCCGGUAGGUAGUUUGUAGAGUUGAUUCUAGUGUUUAGAGUUUGGUAAAAAGGUUGUUGAAUAAAUCCCUGGUCUAUGGGAUUCAUCCAGUUUGUUUAGGAGUCUUGAUGCAUGUUUAUUUUGCUAAUAAGUACCAAAGUUGUUCAUA